AUGGCUUCGGCGCGGGGCGGCCGGAGGAGAUCCCACCACCGUCACCUCCGGCGGCGGCGGCGGCGGCGGCAGCGGCCGAGCCAGCGCCGGCGCUCGCCGGGCAAGCAGCGCGCCGGGGGGCGGCGGGGCAGGAGGGGCCGCGGGCGCUGCUCCUCGCAGCCCAUCGACGCCCGGACGCUCAGGCAGAUCCGGCGGGACAGCAAGUUCCUGUCGAGCAAGGCCAAGGGGCUCAUGAUCCACUUCGUGGACGACCUGUACAAGCGGGUGUCGCGGGAAGCGGAGCGCCUGCGCAAGGAGAGCCGCCGGCCCACCAUCAGCCCCGAGCACAUGCAAGCCGCCCUGCGGCACGUGAUGCCCAAGCGGAGGCGGAGGCAGGUGCCCAGCGCCGGCUCGAGGAACUGGCACUAA